GCCUCUUAGUGCGAAUCCGGGAGGCCGCGUGAUUCAGUGCGGCGGUUUCCGGAGGAGGCGCGUUUGUGCGGGUUAAGCUGGGGUUACGCGGGCUACUGAGUCGUUUCAGAGCGUCCCUUAUCGACUCCUAUUCCACUGCUCCGCCGUAGCUCGGGGUUGUGUCGACGGGGAGGGCGAAGUGCUGGGCUCUGUGCUUUUAUCACUGAUGCCGAUAGGCCUCGGCUUUUCUGAUAAAGCCGGUGGGAUCGCGGUUACAUCUAUCCGGCCGGGGAGCGCUGGACUACUGCCUGCUUUUUAUUAAACGCAAGUGUCGGAUCACAGUAGGCGGCGCUGUCUGAAGCCCCUGGACGGUGAAGGGAGAAGCGCAGUCGCCGGCCGCAGUGCAUCCGCGCCAUGGGUCUGCUGUCACAGGGUUCCCCGCUGGGCUGGGAGGAGACCCGGCGCUACGCCGACCACAUUCGGCAGCACGGCAUCAUCCAGUUUCUAAACAUCUAUAACAAGGUGAAGGAUCGGCAGAAGGACGUUCUCAAAUGGGGAGACGAGGUGGAAUACAUGCUCGUGACAAUGGAUGAAGAACAGGAAAAAGUCCGACUCGUGCUGAAUGGAGGAGAAGUUCUGGAAACACUCCAGGGCAAGGGAGAGAAGAGCAACCCAAACCAUCCCACGCUCUGGAGGCCAGAAUAUGGAAGCUACAUGAUUGAAGGAACGCCAGGGCAGCCGUAUGGUGGGACCAUGUCUGAGUUUAACACCGUGGAGAAGAACAUGAGCAAGAGGCGGCAGGAGGCAUCCUCUGUGCUGCGGGAGAGCGAGACGCUGUGCACCAUCACCUCCUUCCCCAGACUGGGCUGUCCUGGUUUCACCUCGCCAGAAUAUAGACCCACACCGGUGGAAGAGGGAGUCUCCAAAUCUCUGUUUUUCCCUGAUGAAGCAAUUAACAGACACCCGAGAUUCAGCACCCUGACCAGAAACAUCCGCCACAGACGGGGGGAGAAAGUGACCAUCAACGUGCCCAUUUUUAAGGACAAGAACACGCCGUCUCCGUUCGUGGAGGCCUUUCCUGAGGAUGACGGCGAGGCAGUACAGGCAGCUCUUCCUGACCACAUCUACAUGGACGCCAUGGGCUUCGGGAUGGGUAACUGCUGUCUGCAGGUGACAUUCCAGGCCUGUAGCAUAAGUGAGGCGAGAUACCUGUACGACCAGCUCGCCACCAUGUGCCCCAUAGUGAUGGCCUUGAGUGCCGCCUCUCCGUUCUACAGAGGCUUCGUGUCGGACAUCGACUGCCGCUGGGGUGUGAUCUCCGCUUCUGUGGAUGACCGAACGCGUGAGGAAAGGGGCCUGGAGCCACUGAAAAACAGCAAAUUCCGGAUCUUUAAGUCACGAUACGAUUCGAUUGACAGCUACCUUUCCAGCUGUGGCGAGAAAUACAAUGACAUAGAGUUAACGAUAGACGAGGAGAUCUACAAACUGCUUCUGGAUGCAGGUAUCGACAAACUUCUUGCUCAGCACAUUGCACACCUCUUCAUCCGAGACCCACUCUCCAUAUUCAAGGAGAAGAUUAACCUGGAUGACGACAAUGAGUCGGAUCACUUUGAGAAUAUCCAGUCGACCAACUGGCAGACUAUGAGGUUCAAACCACCCCCCCCAAACUCCGAUAUUGGAUGGAGAGUGGAAUUCCGCCCCAUGGAGGUCCAGCUGACUGACUUCGAGAAUGCCGCCUAUGUUGUUUUCAUUGUGCUACUGACCAGGGUCAUCCUGUCUUACAAAAUGAACUUCCUGAUCCCCUUGUCGAAGGUGGACGAGAACAUGAAGGUCGCCCAGAAACGGAAUGCUGUGCUGGAUGGGAAGUUUUACUUCCGGAAGGAUAUUUUUAAAGGCUGCAAUGCUGUAGUCGAUGGAGCACCAGCCACCCCGAAUGGCCUGGAGAACACCGAUGACCAUGAGGAAUACACCCUCAUGACAAUCGAUGAGAUCAUCAAUGGGAAGGAGGGUGUCUUCCAAGGACUAAUUCCCAUCCUCAACUGCUACCUGGAGAACAUGGAGGUGGAUGUAGACACACGCUGCACCAUUCUGAAUUAUCUGAAGCUGAUCAAGAAACGAGCCUCAGGUCAGCUGAUGACUAUGGCAAAAUGGAUGCGGGAUUUCGUCUCUCAGCACCCGCAGUACAAGCAGGACAGCGUGAUCACUGACAAAAUCAACUAUGACCUCCUCCAGAAGUGUGACCACAUUGCCAGUGGACAUGAGCACUGCCCUGACCUCCUAGGGGAGCCAGUGAACCGUGGAAAAUAAAGGCCAUUCUGAGGCUUUAACGAAAUUCCCAGAUGUUUUUCACUGUUCAUAUCUCUCUCUCUGCACAAAAUGACCAAACCUUCAGCUGAACAGUUAGCAGACAGCGGUCCAAUCUGAUUAACUUGGUGGGGGAAGAACCCCACCCUAAUGGAAGGGCAAGUAUGCUGGACCUUAGCUGUACAUAUCUUUCUCUGUGAAGACUCCACGCUCGCGACGGGCUCCUCGUAUGGUCUAACAGGAGUUUACUGUAAAUACUGUACUUGUAGAGUGGAAGAUGUCAUGCCCAUUAUAAGCCGUAUCUAACUCUGAAUUUCUGUUUUAUGUUUUCUUUUGAAUGAUACUCCAGUAUCCUUAGGAAGUGUUUGCUGUCAUGUUUUGCCUUCCUGCUAACAUCAAAACCUUUUUAAUUAGCAUCGUAAUGGUACGUUUUUGAAAACUAAUCAUUCGCCAUUUUGAAGGGAGUAAAGGUUUUUGUUUUUUAAAUAUACAUAAUCUCCAAGGUGCUUACUGUGCAUUUUAGAAAUUUUCCCCUUAAUACACAUCUCCUAAAUAACGAUUAGCAGGAUUUCUAACUAGCAAAGUUCAGCUUUUAUAUUCUGAUAUGAAUCUUGUCCUUUACUCAAGCAGGUUUCCUUUUAUAUUUUUGUUUCUGAUAAACAUGGAAUGGAAAGCUGACCUGCCAUAAUUUGAUGUCUGUGAAUUUGACGAGCAUCCAUCUGUCCAUCCAUCUAAUUCGUGUAACUGGUUUGGAGAGCCGGGUCACCGUGGGGUCAAAGCCUAUUCCAAGUUAAGAAUGUGACUUACCUUUUUCUUCCACUAGAGGGAGCUGGAGAGUACAUUUACAUUCAGUUCAUAGAGUCUGAUAUGUCAUCUAUUUUUAAACAUUCACUUAAGCAGAUUUAUAACAAAGCCACAGAUUGUUAUGAACGCAGGUAUUUUUGUGGUAUGUAGUGCUGGAUCCGUCUGAUGCUCAUAAUAAAGACCAGUGUUCACAGAUUAUAUUCUACCUUUAA